AUGUUCAGAAAGAAGUUUUGGUACGAAGGCCCUUCCCUGGGCUCUCACUUGACUUACAAGCCAUCCCAGUUGGAAUUCCUAACAAAGGGCACCUCAAAGAAAACCAGGAAGGAAGACCACGUGCGCCUGAGGGCCCUGAACGGCCUCCUCUACAAAGCCCUCAGCGAUUUACUGUGCACCCCUGAAGUGAGCCAAGAGAUCUGCGACCUGAAUGUGGAGCUCUCCAAGGUGUCUCUGACCUCAGACUUCUCUGCCUGUCGCGUGUACUGGAGGACGACUGUCUCCGCCGAGCAGAACAAGCACACCCAGGCCGUCCUGCAGAGAUGCGCAGCACAUAUGAGGCACCUUUUGAUGGCCCAGCAGACUCUGAGGAAUGUGCCGCCAAUAGUGUUUGUUCAGGACAAAGAACAUGCAGCGCUAGCCGAGGUGGAUCGGUUACUGGCCGUCACUGAUCUUGGACCCCCAGAUGAAAAAGAAGACCUUACACAAAGUGACUUCAGGGACCCAGGUGCCCCAUUGCCGCCUGACACUCUGGGCUCUGCUGUGCACUCGAGCCUGUGUGGGAUUGAUCACGAGGCGCUCAACAAGCAGAUCAUGGAGUACAAGAGGAGGAAAGAGAAGGGACGCGGGGGCGAGAGCCCAGUACGGCUGGCGCCAGAGCAGGUGGCUGAGCUGACAAGGCAAACGAAAAGGAGAAAGAAAGCCAAGCCUCGCGCGGAUGACGACCUCUCCCCCAAGAACUACCCAUGGGGAUUGGUGAGUGAAGACGCCCUGGACGAUGGCAGGGCCCUGCGUGAGGAGCUCGCCCUGGGACACGAGUGGGAGCUCCGAGACGCAGAGCAGGAACCGGAAGCAGAGAGAGGCGAUGACAGGAAGGACCGAGGUGAUGGUUAAGGAUCAUGAAGGGCAUGGGCUGUGAGGCUCCAGCGCUGCACCUGGUGGGAACUCUGCGUUGGGGAGGCACAGUCAUCUCGGUGCUUCACAGGAAAGCCGUGUAGGAUGUGCAGCCAUGUUACUCCAGUUACCUCUCAGCCCUGCUACUACUGGUACUGUGCAAAGUCAGAUGGCCUGUGGAAAGUGCAUAAAAACCUGUAGAUUGAUGACAAUAA